GUAAUGGCCAUCGGCACGCUGGCAUUGUGCUUCAACAAUGGGGACGUGUUCGAAAGGGAGGUCAAGCUGAGGAGGGGACAGACAUGUGUAAUAUUUGAGAGUGUGCAGUCAAUGCAGGAUGUCUACCGCCUCUUUAGGGAGUUUGCCGCGACGAUUGGCGCCAAGUGCCAGGGAUCUGUGAUCACCAGGGACCCCAAUGCUAGGGUGACCAUGGAAACAGUGGAGAACAUCGAGACAUUGUGCGAAAAGGGCUUGGAGGAGUGUGGGGUCGCUGCCAAGUAUGCCCCCAACAAUGAAGCCGAGCAGCCCGUUGAGUGGUGGGUUCGGUUGGCCCUCAUGUUCCUGUCGAUCGGUUACUUUUCAUAUGCUUGGGGCAUUUCUGCUGUCAUGGAAGGCAAGGGCGUGGCCCCAGCUCAGAAGAACGUUUAUUUUGACUGGAUGCAGAAACUAUGUUCGCUGUUGCUGCUCUUUGUUGGUGUGGUCUGGGUCGGAAUUAUGGGUAAGAGGCUGGGCACCGCGGAGCCCUGA